AUCUGUCAGGGAUGCUUUGCUUGUGCUUUCGGUGCACAAAGGCAUAAGGGGAUUGGACUCAAUGGCCCAAAGGGUCUCUUCCAACCCUCUUUUUUGUUAUUAUUAUUAUUGUUGUUGUUGUUAUUAUUAUUAUUCAUUAUUAUUGCUUGGUGGCCAACUAUAGUCCGGCCCUCCAACGGUCCGAAGGAUCGUGAACUGGCCCCCUGUUUAAAAAGUUUGGGGACCUCUGCUUUAAAUGGACCAGAUUCUGGAAGCAAAGUAGAAUCAGCAGUGAUUAGUUCUAAAAUAGGAGACGGUUGAGGAACUCCAGGUGCUAUUGAUUAUAUUCCAGAAGAAAGAAUUGGCAAAAAACACCUGCGAGUUUCUGUGCCUAAGAAAAUCCUAUGAAAUUCAUGCAGUUGCCAUAAGUUGACAAAUAGCUUAAAGGCACACACUCAUGCCCACAUAUAGAAUUACAGCUGUAUGCCUGUUUCCUUGCCUGUGGAAAGCCUAAAAUCAAUUUGGAUAUAUAUAUUUUCCUGGAAGCAAACAAGAACUCAAAGUUUCUGCUGGCAUUUAUCACUUCUUUUCACAUGGAUUUUUAUUCUCAUGUGAAUGGUGUCAUUAUAAUACCAGAUAAACACAGAGCUAGUUCUAAGAAACAACAAAUCUGCUUGGAUAUGAAUGACAACUUUUAAAAUACUCACAGGCUAUGGAGAGAAGAAACAAAAACAAAACCUUCUCCUGUUUCAGACAAGUCACUCAUUUUCACUAAUGGGUUGUCAGCUGCCAUGUCAUGAUUCUAAACCGCUUCUCAUGCUGUGUUAUUUACAAGUCCAAAAUAUAAAUAUUCAAGUCCAAAACAUCAUGUGGUACCAUCGCUGCUGCGAAAAUCUCUGGUCAUGAUGCCUGGGGGCUGUUUCUCUGACUCAUGUUCCCACCCAGCCCAAAGAGAAUUCUUGGUGAAACAGGCUGAAGCAGGACCCCUGUCAUAAUCCCCCUUGUGCCAGAUAUCGCUCCUGCAAGAGAAGGGUACAUGUGGAGCCACCAGCCAGCUGCUUCCCAAACAACAGGGGAACAGACCCCCAUCCAGCACAUUGGCUGCUACCCAACAAAGCAAAACUAGAGUUUGUCAUCCGUUGCUGAUCCCUUUGGCUGGAUUCGCCUCAUCUGGAACAAUUUACUUCAAUUGAGAGAUUUAUUUUCUUAAAAUUAUCUGGCCCACAACAUGGAGAAGCAUUUAAAGAAUAUUCUGGUUGUUUCAUUUGGAUUCUUUUUUCUGUUUACAGCUUAUGGAGGACUCCAGAACCUGCAGAGCAGCCUCCAUUCUGUAAAAGGGCUGGGUGUCACCUCAGUGAGUGUGAUCUAUGCAGCGCUGAUCCUAUCUGCUAUGUUUCUCCCACCCAUCAUCAUUCAGAAGUUGGGAUGCAAGUGGACCAUUGUAGGAUCGAUGUGCUGUUAUAUUACAUAUACUCUAGGCAACUUCUAUGCCAGCUGGUAUACGCUGAUUCCCACAUCUAUGAUCUUGGGGUUGGCAGGAGCACCCCUUUGGUCAGCUAAGUGCACAUAUCUCACCAUUGCUGGCAACUCGUAUGCUGAGAAAGCAGGGAAACUUGGAAGAGAUGUUGUCAACCAGUAUUUUGGAACCUUCUUCCUGAUAUUUCAGUCUUCUGGAAUCUGUGGGAAUCUUAUAUCAUCUGUGGUAUUUGGCCAGACCCCAAAAGAAAUGAACAUCUCAGAAGCAGAAUUGGAAUGCUGUGGUGCAGCAGACUGCAGGAACAUGACAACAUAUGAUGCAGAUAUCUCAAGACCAACAGAAACAUUAAUCUACACACUGCUGGGAAUCUACACAGGCAGUGGAGUGCUUGCCGUGUUGCUAGUUGCUGUAUUUCUAGAUCCAAUCUCAGCUCACCAAAAUGAGACUGAAGAAAAGAAGAUAUCAUCCUUUUGGACCACUAUCUUGUCCACAUUUCGGCAUCAUAAAGACAUACGCCAGUGCCUCUUGAUUCCACUGACCUUCUACAGUGGACUUGAACAAGGAUUCCUUUCUAGUGACUACACCAGGGCCUAUGUGACUUGUGCCCUGGGGAUAAACUUUGUUGGCUAUGUGAUGAUCUGCUUUGCUGCUGCAAAUUCUAUCUUCUCCAUAUUUUUUGGAAAGAUUUCCCAGUUCACUGGCCGAAAUUUUCUCUUUGUUCUGGCUCUUUAUGGAGUUUUAUUUGAAAAGCACAAAGAAGCAGCAUUUGCUAAUUAUCGUCUGUGGGAAUCACUGGGAUUUGUCAUCGCCUUUGGCUACAGCACCUUCUUACGUGUCUAUGUAAAACUGUAUAUCGUUUUGGCUGUAUUGGUGGUGUCCAUGGUCCUAUAUGAAACAGUUGAGUACCUGGAAUCCAAGAAUUCCCUUGGAACAGCCAGCCCUGCAAGGCAGAAACCAGCUGAAAGUCUGCAAAAUGAUCAGGAAACUCAGUUGUAAGCCAGCAAGUUAACGGAUGUAAAGCAAAGCCGGAUCCCAGUCCUGUGGCUAAUAUUAUAUAUGGGCUACCCAAACAUUCAGUGCUAAAUAUGAGCUGCCAGAAAAUACAGUGCAUGGCAAAAGUAAUGGCUAAUGGUGGCCACUGGUGCCUUCCAUGUUGAUGGAGGAAUGAAUCUCCUGUGAUUGGGUGUGUUAUGUAUAAAAGGGCUUCUGAAGGCGCUGAAUCUAUUUUGAGGGAUAUGUUUUUGGAAUCCCAGAGAAUUAUUUCAAAAAAGUAAAACUUGUAACAGAUUGACUAUUCCGCUUACAAAGAUAAAACAUUGAAAGUAAGAAAAAUGAAAAGGGACUGAUUUGAUUGAUGAGUAUUUAUAUGGGGAUUUUCUUUUUGAUAAGAUUUUAUAGAGCUUUUUAUAGAGCAGAAAAGUUUUUUUUAUUGUAACUAGCAAAAGCUAAAGUCCUGCCAUGUUUUCUUGAAGCAUAUCAUGUAUGUAUCUCUGUGAAUUCUUCAUUUCUGUUCCUGUGGACAUGUUUGGCUAUGCAUAUUGUAACAGAUUGGCCUACCUUGCAGGGUUGAUGUAUAAAGGCAAUUCAAGGCCUUGUUUGGAAAAGCUAAGCCAGGCAGGAGGAGGAGUGAUCAGGCAGCUUCAUGUGUGGAAGUGCAAUAUGAUUGGUUGGUGAAAUUGGAGGGAGUUGCUUAGCAACAGGAGAUGAGCGGAGAGACAGUAAGAGCUAUUCAGCCAGAGGGUUAGUCAGACAGGGUUUGGUGUCUGGAGAGUAAGAUAGUGGAGUUUAGAAAAUGAAGGAAGGGAGGGUUUGGGAACUGUUAGUGAGAAACCUCUUGGGGGGGGGGGGAGUUUAAUUCGCCUUCAGGGAGAAGUGCUAAGAAUUGUAGUGAGCCUCUAAGGGUUAGAGUGCUUGUGUUUAGAGCCUAUGGAAGAGAGGAUUCAAAGGACUAAAAAGCCUAUUUUUUACUCCUUGUGAGGGAAUAUAUUUUUAAGGGACUCAAGUUAAUCAUCAUUCUCUGUUAAAGCAAAAACGUAUUCUUUUAUUGAAACCAAUACACAACCUUUCUGUUCAAGUACAAAUAAACAUCAUAUUUCUGUUUUUACUUCA